CCAGGCGUCCGACGUGGCGAUGUUUUUCACGACUUGGGCCCUGGAGAUCGCCUCCAGCGAGGAGAAGAAGCGCGAGCUCAUCCCGGCACCCAUCGACGUCCACACGCUCCAGGAGGUGCUCGAGUUCGGGCAGGCCUGCAAGCUCGAGGGCAACGCGAAGUUCCGGGAGGGCCUCUACGAGGAGGCUCUGUUUGACUACUCGCGCGGCGACGAGGAGCUGCGCAAGUGGCGGGUGGAGGCGCACCUGCGGAACGAGCGCAAGUGGCUGCAGGACGAGCAGCUCGCGUGCCUUAAGAACAAGGCGCAGGCGGCCCUGAGGCUGGAGCUCUUCCAAACGGCUCUCGAGGCGGCCGAGGCGGCGCUCAAGAUCGACGACGAGGACCACAAGGCCUGGUACCGAAAGGUGCAGGCCGAGAAGGGGCUCGGGAGGCUGAGGGAGGCGGAGGAGUCGCUGAGGAGGCUGGAGGACGUGGCCCAGUGGUGUCCCGACAGGCAGGCCGCUGGGCGGGGCCGCCGCUCCACGGGGAGCGCCGGCGCCGCGGGCGCCGCCGGCCCCGCGGGCCCCGAGGUGGAGCCGCCGCCCGCGGCGGGCGAGGGCGCCGCCCUCCCCGGCCCGCGGCGCGACUCCGCGGGCUCCGCGGGCUCCGCCGGCUCCGUGGGCUCCGCGGGCAGCGGGCCCGCGCAGAUGUUCUCGAGGCCGAGAGUGUCGAACCCGCUGGAGCUGCUGCGGCGCGCGCUGCUCCAGGAGGGCGCGAGCAGGGGCAGGGUCGGCACCAGCGCCAGGACCAGCCUGGACACGGAUCCCGGCGCCGCAGCAGCGGCAGCGGCCUUCGGGUGGGACAGGGCCACCUCGCAAUCCUCCGCGGGCAGCGCCGAGGAGGCGAGGAGCCUCCACACCGUGCGGGACCUUCGGGCCUCGUGGUUCGUGCGCAUCCUGAAGGUCUACCACGCGUGGGCCUUCGUCAUGGCCAUCCCGAUCAUCGUGGGCAUGGCCGCCUCCACCUUCCUGAGCCUCUUCCUGCAGCUGACGCAGGAGAUGGAGAAGCGACGCCAGGGCCAAGAGGUGCCACUGCUGAAGGUCGAUCACUGGGCGAUCGUGCUGGCCACGUUCGCGAACACCCUCCUCUAUUGCCUGAUGUUCGUGAGCUGCGCCCUGCGCGCGGUGUGGUUGAUCAAGGACUGCCUCAAGGACGACAUGUUCAUCGACUACCGCCGAACUCUGUGCUGCGAGGGUGCGGGGCCGGGCAGCUUCCCGCCCCUGCGCACCAACCACGUCUCUGUGAACAGCGAUGCCGAGAGACAGAAGAUCCACCGCGCGGUCGCCGAUGACGGCACCCUGAUGGACGACAUCUCCCUGAAGAGAGGCGCCUGCCGCGGCUCCGAGCUGCUCCUCUCCCGGGGCUCCAAGCUGCUGCUCGAGGGGAGCAUGGCCGACAAGGAGCACAGGGACCACAUUCUGGAGCUGGAGCUGGACCCUCCGGCCACCCUCGUCUUCCGGGUCACGGCCCGCCCCGCGGCCUUCCGCGGGGAGCACUGCGGGGGUCUCAUGCGGGCGGUGGUGGACGUGCUGUGGCAGUGCUGCAUCUACCUUACCCUGGACGUACUGCCGGUGCUCUGGGCCCUCUUCGGCUCCGCCGGCACCCUCGGCGCCGACGAUGGCGGCCCCGCGGGCCGCUUCGUCGACGCCGCGGUGCUGGUCGCCUGUGCCCACACGGUGUUCUACUUCUGCUGGUCCACGGCCAUGGACUACUUCUUUAAGGCGCUGGUGCUGGGCAACCUGCUCUUCCACCAGCGGGGAUGCUGGGCCAGGUGCUGGGCCAGGAUGCUGGGCAGCUCCGUCGAUCGGCCGCCCAUCUCGCAGUCCCUCCGCGGCUCCUCGCCCGGCGAGGCGAGCCUCCAGCUGCGCCCGCGGGGCCCGUCGGGCUCGACCGGCAGCCCCGGCACCAGCCCGCCGGCCUCGCGGCGAGGCAGCCUCGCGGCGCCGUCCCCGCGCGCGAUGCAGAACAGGUCCGACCGGCUCUACUUCCUGGGGCAAGCGCGGGAGGUGCUUGGCGCGUGCCCCGAGCAGGCGCUCGCGGCGGCCCGCAGGCCGCCCGGCCGCGAGGACGAGCUCAACAUCUCGGAGGAGGGCCCGUCGAGGCAACAGGCAGCCUUCGAGCAGGGGCGCACGGCGGCGUUCCUGUUCGCGCUUUGGCUGGCGUUUGCGCUCUGGGCCUCGUUCUUGCUGCGCUACCGUCUCGGGGGCUGGUGUCACAGCUUGACGGUGAGCAUACUGGGGGACUCCGGCCGGUCUGGCAGCGAGCAUGAUGACCAGGCGUCCUUCUCCUUCGGCCGGCCCUUUGGUGCCGCCUCCAGCCACUGGUCCCUUUGCUUCCUCAUACACUGCGGAGUGCUGCCCACCAGGAUACUCUGGAAGUCGGCGGUCAUCGUUGCGCUCUCCCUGGGCGCAUUCGCGAUUGGGACGACCGUGCUGAUCAGGAUCGUUGCCUCUCUCGUGGGGAUCUGGGCCGUUGUCGUGGGCUCCGUCGCCUACUACAGAACGGACGACCUCUGGAAGGUCAUGCUCCUGAACCUGCUGGGCCUCGCCGUCUUGGCCCUGGCCGCCAUGGGGCACCUGCAGGGCCGGGUCGGCGUGCUGCGCACGGCCUGCCUCAUCUUGGUGACGCAGAUGGGCGCGUGGAGGGAGCGCGGGCACCAGGCCCACCGCUUCCUGAUGGCCCUGUUCUUCGUGCUGCUGGUCGGCAUCGCCAGCGCCACGCUCUGCGCGGUCGCGGCGGUGCCAGGCAAGACCCUCCCAGGGAGGCCUGUCGGGCGCGCCGGCAGGGAGUUCAAGUUCCCUCUGCUCCCCGAGGCUGUCAGCACGGGCUAUGCGUUCUGCGGCCUGUCCUGGCCUAUGGCUCCCGAUGACAUCGUGUCGACACGCUGCAACGACAACCGGCUCAGCUUGGUUGACUUCGCACACAUGUCUCGGAUCGCCUACAAGAAUCAGUCCGAGACGGAAGAGGAGCUUGAGCGGAUCCUGCCUGGCUGGACCGUCAACCAGACGGAGCAGAAGGACUUCAAGGGCGUCAGCUUCAUGCACCUGACGAAGGGCAGGACGCACGUCGUCGCCGUGAGGGGCACCAAGACCCUGUACGACGUCCUCCAGGACCUCAACAUCUGGCUGCCCGCCGUCUCCCUGCAGCUGGCCGACCUCGUGGGGCCCCACGUCCCAGACUCCAUGUCCCGCAUCCUCGAGGCCGUGACCGGCCUCGCCGCCUGGCUCGAGCCCCUCGGGGGCGACCGGGACCGGAGCCACAUGGGGGCGGGCCGCCAGCCGGUGCCCCUGGUGGAGUACGUGCGGGAGCUGAAGAGGCGGGUGCGGGGGGAGGGCGGCGAGGGCGCCCUCUAUGUCGUCGGCCACUCCCUGGGCGGCGGCUUCGCGCAGCUGGUGGGUGCGCUCGAGAACGUCACGGCCGUGACGUUCUCCGCCCCGGGGCUCUACGCCACCGAGCGGAUCUUCUGGAGCCCGCCCGGGUUGUCCAGGCUGCGCCACUCGGGCGUCAACGUCGUGCCCGACGGCGACCCGGUCCCCAAGGUCGACUCGCAGGUGGGCACCGUGCUGAAAAUCGAUUGCGACGGCAGUGCCAUGAGCUGCCACAGUAUCUUGUCGACCUUGUGCGAGCUUUCGGCCACGUGCGGGAACGCAGGCGGGCGGCCGACUCCACGGAACUACACCUUCUGGUGCUCGGAGUGCGAGCCCACCCGCCAGUCCAGAUCCGUAGGACCCAGCGCCCCCGUAGACGAGGACACUGCAGGCCGGGACCCCGCAAGAUCCCAGCGUGAGAAGACCGACCACCGCCGGCCAGCCAUGUCGGACCUCGCGGGCCUCAUGGAUGCGCUGGAGGCGCUGGAGAUCCAGGAGGACGGCACCUGCGUCCUGGACAGGCAGCACGGCCCGCGCUCCAGGCGGUCGGGGAGCAAGGAGACCGCGACGGAGAAGAGGAGGCCGGCGGAGCUGGACUCCGUCGUCGACGCCCCCGUGCCCGUGCGGCCCUCCGAGCCCGGCGCCCUCGUCGACGCCCACGGGCUGCCCCAG